AGGAACAAUGGUGUACAGAGAAGUCCAUCAUUCAACUGCUGGUUUCUUUUUCCAUUGAACUGCAGCCAAACAGGCUGUUUGAGGUCUGGAGUUGGGGGAGGGAGGCAGAGGAGACCCACAACGGAGAUCUGGCUUUCUAACGAGCUGCCACCUGAUCUGAAUUAAGACAGGGAGAAAGACAAGUUCCCAUUGGGAAGGCAUGAGAACCGGGGAGAAGGGCACAUUCUGGAACUCUGCAGGUGAAUCUGCUCUUGUCACCACAAAGGUGGGACUGGGGAUCAGGUGUUUCUUUUGCGUCUAUAAAUCCUCACCCAUCCUGAAGUGGACACAUUCAGGAGAGAGAAAAAAAGCUACCAGGAGCCCUGAUCGAUUAAGUGCAGAAUCACCCUGUUGGUCUCCGAGGGCCUCAUCGUGUUCCUCCGGAAGAAAGGAUGUCACAGUCAGCUUUGUCCCUCCUCCUGCUUGUGACCCUCUCUGCCAGCCUCACCAUGGCCAUCAGGAAGGACAAGAGAGCUCCUCAGACUCUCUCCAGAGGAUGGGGCGAUGACAUCACUUGGGUCCAGACUUACGAAGAGGGACUCUUCCAAGCCAAGAAGAGUAACAAACCCCUGAUGGUCAUUCAUCACUUGGAGGACUGCCAGUAUUGCCAAGCCUUAAAGAAAGCCUUUGCCAACAGUGAUGAAAUCCAGGAAAUGGCUCGGACUAGCUUUGUCAUGCUCAACCUUAUGCAUGAAACUACAGACAAGAACCUGUCACCUGAUGGGCAGUACGUGCCCCGAAUCAUGUUUGUGGAUCCCUCUUUAACAGUCAGAGCUGACAUCACUGGGAGGUACUCUAAUAGACUCUACACAUAUGAACCCCAAGAUUUGCCGGUGUUAAUAGAAAACAUGAAGAAAGCCUUACGACUCAUCCAAAAGGAAUUAUAAAUGGCGGUGGAAGAGACACAGGAAGCCUAAGGGAGAAGGACACAGAAACCCUCUCGGCUUUAAAGCAUAUCCAUUAGCUAUCUGACUAGUGCUUACUGGGGUCACCAAAGUACAAGCCCACAGGGACGUGUGUGAGGGUCUCUCUGCCUUCCAAUAGUUUGAAAGUUGUGUUUGAGGGUUUCGAAGUGAGAAGGUGACCCCUGGAGCAGGCUAGUGUCAAGUCUUGGGGCUGCAAUAUGCAAAGUCAUACAUUUAAUUUGACAGAGAAGAGCUUGGGAGUCUGAUGAUUGGGAGUAGAGCUAAGGAUGGCAGGCCCAAAAACAUUGACCCAUAAAAUGCCAACCACCAUCCAGCCCUUACUUGGAACCUUGGACAGCACUAAACUAGGAUUUCUUUAUAAAGUGAAAUUAUCUGAAAUUCCCAGUGAUGAGUAGAGGAUCCCAGUUAGGCAGCCACCGGCAAGGCUCAUUUUCAACCCAGCUCCCAAGACAUUAGAAUCACAUGCUUUUCUCCCUUAGCAUUUACUUAACAGGCACUCGCUGAAUUUAAUUGAAAUUUAUAGUUUAAACAGCAUAGGGAAAGCAGCAAAAUGUAGGGCACCACGAACCAGCUUUGAAGUCAGGAAAACCUGGAUUCAAAUUCUGCCUUUAAGAUGUAACUCACUGUAAAUGAUGCAGCAGCAGGUUAGCUCCAUGCAAAGUUUUAGUGUUCAAGUAUCAGGUGUCAGGUAUGAGGACGGGGCACUCAUGAUGUUGUAUGAAUAUGAAAUAAAUGUUUUUUUUUUUAAUC